AAUAAACCACACCCACUUUACUCUCUUGUAGUCCUGCCUGGUUCUAAAAAGGUUCCUUCUUCUCGUAAGUCUCAGGACGAGGACAGGAAAGAUGAUGAAUCCGCUGGUAGUAAGUUUAACACUGAAUCAGUUCGGAGCCACGCCCAAAAGGCUCUGAAACAGGUGCUACAUACAAGGUCUCAGUUGGUACCAGAAGAAGAGAGAGCAAGUGAUGAAGUGAUUCUUAAGUUAUCUAAAGACAUUGAACUGAAGCUGUAUAACCUACACAACCAGGAAACGAAUCAAAAAUAUCGUGUCAAGUGCAGGAGCCUUUUAUUCAAUUUGAAGGACACAAAAAAUGAAGGUUUAUUUAAGAAGAUAUUGUGUGGUGAGCUCUCCACUAAGCAGCUGGUGAGGAUGAGUCCUGAGCAGCUGGCAUCAAGAGAACUGGCGGAGUGGAGAGAGAAGACGAUAAAGAAAGAACUGGAAAUGAUACAGGAAGUGGCCAAGGAAGAACUCCAAAUGAGUUCUGUGGUUCGUAAGAUGACCUACAAAGGAGAAGUUGAGAUUGAGAGAGAUGAUGUAAGUCCAUUAGCAACUGAACUGUCCAUGAGCUUCAGUUACAGACGGUUCCUGUACUUGAUGUAAAGUCUCAUGAUAAAGUAUCUUCAACGACCAACGAACCAACUGGACCAGCUGGAACUAAGAAUGAGCCUAU